AUAUUGCAGAAUUGCAUCUGCAAUGACAAAUAUAUUAUCCUACAUUCUGGGCUGGAAAAUUUAUCCUCUAAAGACAGGAAUCUCUACUAACAUUGUGCUAGGCGUAUCACUAUGCAAGGAGUCAUAAUUUGAUUUGAUUUUCUCAACAACAGCUGACAACAUAUACUUUGAGGCAGGAUGAAAAUAAUUCUUUUCAGGAAUUUCCACAAAUUUUGUGCAUUCUGGUUGGAUAGACUCAGGAUUCAGGUUAUUCCUGGUUUUGUAGCAGCUUAACCAGAAACUAGACUGAUGUUGCACUCAAGCAAAAAAAGCAUAAGUUUUUCAAAAUGUGUUUCAAAAAGUCUUGCUUUAUUUUGUUGCUGUUCUCUUGCUCUACCUUUCUUCACACUUGUACAGACUAUUAAUAAUAAGAAAGAUAUCUGAGGAUAUGCUUAAGGAUAUGCUGAGUUCCACUCACUUAAAAUUUUGCUUAUUUUUCCCAGAUCUUCUUCCUCCUGUCUGUAGAGAGCAGCAGUUGAACUCUUGGACUGUCUAUUCCAGGGAGAGUGAUUCACUUGUUUGCAAACCUAAGAUUAUGGUUUAGUCCAAAGUAAUCUUUCUCAUUCUGAAUUGAACAGUUAAUAGAUUUGUAAACUCUGUAACCAACAAUGUCCUGGCAUACUCUUAAAAUUCACUUACAGCUCCUGGAAAUCUUCGUAUUUCAAGUAGUGAUGCCACCUUCUACUUCCGUCUCUGUGCCAACUGUGAUUUCUUGUGUUUUUUUACAGGUGUAUAAUGGAACUUCCAUCUUUGCCUAAAUUUCUUUGGACAAGUGACAACAAGCUUCUGCAUCACCAUUUUCCAGACAUACUGGCUACUGUUCAUACCACACAAGACAUCCCUGAAGAAGUUGUUUUUGGACCAUGCAUGCUCCAGAACACCUUGCUGGACACUGUAGCUUUCAUUGCUCUCAAGUGUUCUGAUAGACGGAACAUUCACUAUGUAUUUAAGGUGGAUGUUACGUCUGUGCACAGUCCCACAGGACUGCCUUGGAUGAGACUCGUACAAGCAGCUGCCAAUAGCAAGGAGCAGAACUUGGAAGCUUACUUAGAAAACAGUCAGUUAUACUAUCGCUCCACCAGGAAAAUCAGCAAAAAUGAGGAACUGCUUGUCUGGUAUGAUGAGGAGCUUUCCAGCCUCUUGGGUUUCAAUGAGAUAAAAGCUCAAAGGCCCCAGAAUGAGUUGAGAUGCCAAGAAUGCGACCGAGUCUUUAAAUGUGAGCAUUCCUAUCUGUCCCAUGUCCGCUUCCUCUGUGUCCCAGAGAAGAGUGCUCUGCUGUGGAGAAACUUCCAGAACCCUAAAACUGAAAAGAGCAGCCUAGCUGAGCAGGCCACGAAUUUCCACAGUCUAGCAAGAGACCUGGAAGUCAAAAUGGCAGCUUGUAAAGAUGAUGCACAUGGUCUUAUUGGAGAAAGGAGAGCAAAAUCUGAGGAGGCUGAGAACAACAGGAGCAGGAAAACAGUGCUGUUGGAGAAAACCAAUAAUUUGACUGAGGAACGUAACUGUGGGGGCAAGGAAGAGGUUGGGGGAGAGCAUGCAUUGGCUGGUUCUUUCAGGAAGCUUAGUUCAGGGAGGCAGUCAGCUAGGAAGGAUGCUUUAGAGCAGAAGCAGAGUGCUUUCACUGAGGUCAGGAGGAUGAAAGAGAAGCUGAGGAAUGAGAGACUGCAGGAGCCAGAGCAGGAGGAUGGCACUGCCCCACUUGGUAAAGAGCAGGUGCCAAAGGAAGUGUUGCUGAACUCCUCUGGCAGUGCAUUCUCCUUUGUUUGGCCCACCAGAGCUCGAGGAGAACAGAAGAGUGCUUUCAGCAAGCCCAGUAAGUGUGUAAUAGAAAGAGCUGCAGUAAAUUCUUCUCAUCCCAUGAGUGAGUCAACAAAGAGCCUGGGGGAGCUGUCUGGCUUCAUUGCCACCGCAGACAUCAUGUGCUGCAGCAGUCUUCUCAAUUCCAAGUUCUUUGUCAGUGAUUUGUGUAAUGCUCAGAUGCUGCAGACAAGCAUCACUCGGAGCAAUGUUUUCCCAUAUACCUCAGAACCCUGGCUCAAGCAAGCAGGAGGACAGUUACAAAACACCACCACCACCACUUCCUCCUCUUCCUCCUCCUCCUCCUCCUCUUCCUUGACUCUUCUUCCCCCCACCUUCACAUCCUUUGGAGUGGCUGCCCAGAACUGGUGUGCCAAAUGCAACCUGUCCUUUCGCAUGACAUCUGAUUUAGUCUUCCACAUGCGGUCACAUCACAAAAAAGAAUACUCCUCAAGUGAAUCCCAGUGCAAGAGGAGGCGAGAGGAGAAGCUGACAUGCCCCAUUUGCCAUGAGUACUUCCGAGAGCGCCAUCAUUUAUCCCGGCACAUGACUUCUCAUAAUUAGAGCUAUGCAGACAGAUGUCACCACGGGACCAGGCAGGUUGGAUGAAGAAGGGAAUGAUAGUUCACUUAAAUCCAUUUCUUUUUGAGUUUACAUUAAUUUCUUCCAGGAAAUCACUGUUUACAAUAAUUUAUAAUAGAUGCUUUGUGAAAAAAAAAAUAAAAUGUUUACAAGAGUCUGAGUGGGUUUUAAGUUUUGAAAACUCAACCUAGCCCUUAUCAAUCUAUUUUUGAGGAAAUAAAAUAGUGAAAUGAAUCCACAUGCUGUGUUAAUUUGCAGAGUAGGGGCACAAUUAUAGAUUUUUGCAAACAAAUUUGUCUUUGCUUAUAUUUGAUUUGCUGGUGUCUGUGCAGUAGAAUUUAAAUAUGGAAAUAACAACUGCCUCAUUGAAUGAGGAACCUUUAGCAUUAGAAAAAUCAGAGCUUAUAUGUUAAAAGAAGAUAUGUUGCUAUUUCUAGCAGCAUUGGUGGACUCUUAUUCCUUUAUAUUAGCUGAAUCAGUUCUCUUACCAAGUUUUUGAGUUAAAAACUGACAUCUUACAAUCUCCUUGGCUUUGAAAGGGACCUGAUUUUAAGAAUAAAUCUAAAAUUUAGAUAAAUAAAUCUAUGAUUGUCAACAACUGACCGUCAGACUGCCAAAGAGGAUGGAACUUGUAAAGCAGAAUAUCCAAAUUCUGUUCUAGGCUCUGCAGCUUUUGAAAUGUCUUUUACACAAUGAAAUCAACAUGGGUCUGUAUCAAAAUGUGAGCUGUUGUCAAAUACUCUAAGACCUUUGUGACUUUAGUAGGCAUACAGAUCUGAUGGGAGUAGAGUUUAACCUGUGGUUUUCAGGUUCUGGAUAUACCAAAAGAAGCAGUUAGGGUAUCUGAGUUACUAUUAGCUACUGAUAAUAGAAUCUGCACACUUUAAUUGUGGAUGAUAGGCUCUGUUCUGGUAACUGCUAGAAGAGAAAUACAAAAUGACACAGGUGUACAUGAAUUGCACUGCAUUUGUACCACCUUGUCUGUCCUCUGGUUUCUACAUGGGCUAAUUCCACCUUUUUAAAAGAGAAAGUGGCAUAUUCUUUCUCUUGCCUGUCCAUGAGACAUGUUUCUUUUCUCUACUUUUUCAAGCUUUACAGAGUCUCGGCAGCAGAUAAAUUUAUACUGUUCAGAGUGGGAGGAAACACUGUCUAUUGUUACUUCAGCCCAUCUAAUUAGCAUUUCAUUACUUUUUAAAUCCAUUUAGGGGCUUCAUUUUGAUAGCUUAUGACACUUUGUUCUUUAAGCAAUCAUUUCUUCUGCUCUUGUAUAGUAUUUUUUCAGGUUGUCUGAUAUUUUUUGUGGCCUGCCUUUGAACCUUACCAGCCUCAUCAAGGGCUGCUAUUCCCAUUCAGUCAGAGAAUGAUCAGAAACCACUCAUUUCCCAGCUGAGGGUAAAGGACAUUUCAAUAUGCUCUAUAUGUUCCACCAUACUGCUGAUACACUCCAGUGGUUUUUGAAUACUGGACAGAAUUCUGAAUUACCAUGACGAUGCCUAGCCUGAUAAUGCAAGUAUCAGCAAGUAAGUACAUUUGAACAAAAAAGAGAGACUGACAGUCUUAGGCUGUCAGCUGGAACUAACAUGAAACACUCACUGUCACCUCUUGAGAGAUUUCUGUAAGUCAGGAGAUUGCAUUCUUCCCAA